GCGCCAACGGUUCGUCUGCUCGAAAGUAAACAAAGCAGUGGCGGCGUAGGACGAAGGACUAGGAACUUUACCCACACAACCUCUCCUCGGACUUGAUUCGACGAGACGACCACCAUGCCGAGUAUUCUAGAGGCGUGCGAGGAUCUCUUCGGGGUCUCUUGCCUCUACAAGGUGUUGGGCGUGGAGAAAAGCGCCCGGGAGAACGAGCUCAAGAAAGCUUAUCACCGGGUGUCACUGAAAGUCCACCCUGACAGAGUGAGUGACGAUGAUAAGCAAGAAGCAACACAGAAGUUCCAAACUUUAGGCAAAGUCUACUCCAUCCUCUCCGACAAGGAUCGACGAGCUGUGUAUGAUGAGACAGGAGAAGUCGAUGAUGAGAACCUGGCCCCUGAUGACCGUGACUGGGACCAGUAUUGGAGACUUCUCUUCAAAAAGAUCACUGUGGAUGAUAUCAAGAACUUUGAAGAGUCUUAUAAGGAAUCUGAAGAGGAAAAGGCAGAUCUGAAGCAGGCUUACAUUGAUGGUGAGGGUGAUAUGAACUAUAUACUCGACAAUGUAUUGUGCUGCACCAUUGAGGAUGAACCAAGGUUCAGAAAACUAAUUCAAGGUUGGAUCAAGAAGAAUGAGGUUCGUGCCUUUGAGAACUUCACGCGUGAAAACAAACAAAAGAAAGAAGCAAGAAAACGAAAGGCUGACAGGGAAGCUGAAGAGGCCGAGGAGAUGAAGAAGGAACUGGGUCUUGGAGACACCACUGACAGCCUGAGAGCUCUUAUUCUGAAGCGAGGGAAGGAGCGUGAGCAAGAGGCAGACGCGUUCUUGGACUCACUCGCUGCCAAAUACGGGGGAGGAGGAUCAGGAGGGAAAAAGAAAAGUUCCAAGAAGAAGCAGAAAUGAGGGAUGCGUUUGAAUGCGGCGAAGUAGAUUUCAUGGAAGGAAUUGGAAAUGUGUAUGGCUCUUUAUAAUACUUUAAAAAAAAAAAAAGAAAAAAAAAAAAAAAAAAAGGAAAAAGGCAGGUGAUGGCGAUUUAUAUAAUGGAAAUAUAUAUAUUAUAAUGCAGCCAUAUCCUGGUUCAGUGAUCAGAUUUUGUAGAAAGUGGAAAUCUUACCCAGUUCACUCCCAUAGAGUUGAGGGAAGUUCUUUGGUCACCAACUGCAAAAUCUAAAGGGACUCUGAAUCUACAUACCACAUACCAUAUUGAUAUUGAGAAUGGUAUUGGCUAAUUACAGGAAGAGUAUUUCAUGUAUAUGCCUCACAAAUUCUUGCAUUCCUUUUAUGUAUUUUAGUCUCCGUUGCUUUGUGUAAUUGUGAAACCUUAUUCUAUGUAUAAUCUCUGUGGUCAUGCUACUGAAAUGUCUUCAUUUGAAAUCAUUUUUCAUCAGUAUAUCUUAUUUUUUAAGUAUUUUAAGAACUCAUCAUAUUUUACAUAUUUAAAAAUCAUAAAAGUGAUUUAAUGUUAUGGUCAAGGUACUUUGUCAGAAAGUUUCCAGAAUAAAAGAAAUGUACUGUUUCUCCUCUUUGUCCAGUUGAAUACCCUCUUUUCAGUCUAACAUUUCCCAACAGUACUUGAAGAUUUACUCAAUGUAUUCUGAGUAAGUGGAUUUCUUUUGUUGUAAAAAAUAUUACUUAGUAUUUAGAGGCUGGAACUUAGUCAUACUUGAAAUUUUCUAGAUAAUUAAUCUUAUUACAUAUGGCAUUAUGAUAAUGUUAAAAUUCACAUAUUAAUGUUAAAUAGUUCAAAUCACUUUAACAUAACACAAGUCAUGUAAUUAUAACUAGUUGUUAGCAUACAAAAGGUUUUUAUAUUCUAAUUUUAUUACUGAUCAAACUUUACCCCAGGGGCGACAAACUCAUGGCCCAUGGAGUGACAAGAAGAAUUGUAAGCCUGUGGAAGUAUGAUUGCCUUGCAGUAAAGUAAUAUACAAUUGAGACUCAGAAAAUUUGUAGAUAAUCUAUAUCUGCAGUAGUGAUAGUUUCAAUUAUAUUACCAUUGCUACCAACACCGCUGUUAUAUCAGACUAUGUAAUGUUUGACUAUGUAAUCCUGGAGGGCUUGGCAUGUACCUUUGUUGGUCUCAAGAUGGUAGUGGAAAAGAAAAUUGGCCCUCGAAGGGUUUUCAGCUUGACACCUCUGCUUUACACAGUAUUAUACAUACAUCUAUUAUUCCUUCAAAUUGCAUUUAUUCAAUUCUUUGAUGUUAAGAAUAUUAAUACAAAUAUGUUCAAAAUACUUGUGAUAUUAAGUAAGGAGUUUACAUCAUAUUAGAUGAAGGAAAAACAAAAAGUCUCUCCCUGUAACAUAACCAGUCCUUGAGUGGGUUAUUCUACUUUUAAUCAUACCAAAAUCUAAAAGCCAUAUCCAUGUACUCAAUAUUUAUCCAUGAUUUUUUCAACUGGGUGUAAAUGUAUCAUUUUCCUUUAAAUUUUUAUAUUUCUGUUUCUGUAGAAUGGCCAGUAGAGGCAGGAGUAAAAUUAAAAAGCGA